CUGCAAUCAGUUAUAACGAAAUCGAAGGGUUUAUAUACCAGGUACCUGUGUGACAGUGCCCAUUUACGAGCGGUGUUCAGCUUUAAAUCAAUUCUGUUACAUAGGGUUUCUACAAAGAUAAAGCGAAAGGAAUAGCAUUUAUGUUAUUUGUGCAUUAAGAACACUUGGGGAAGGCGUUAAUUGAAAGCUGACAUUGCUUCCACUGGAGUGCAGAUACAUGAUAAUUAGAGAUGAGUGGAAACAGCUUCCUGUUAAUGUUGAUUAUAAUUGUCCCAAUUGCUGAACGUCUAGUCUGGGAGGAAACCACAUUUAUUGAGUCAAAUGGAACAAGGGCUAUUUAUAUGAACAAUCAAUGUUUAUGUGAUAGCGUCGCAAAGGCUGUUGAUAAACUAAACGAACUAGUAACGAACAUACCAAAUAAGACAUAUCAUAUUUACGCUGAGAAAGAAGAAGAGGAUGCGAGAAAUCGGGGGAAUGAGUGUUAUGAGAUAGAAAAGGAAAAGUUUGAAAAACAAGCUGAAGUAGUUAAAGAUCGAUAUCUACUAAACAAGCUAUAUUUUCAUAUUAAAAAGAGUAAACACGAGACAAAUAAUCGAAUUAUCAACGAAAGUUCCAAAUUAUUUAAUAAGCUUAAAAAAAUCACAGACGAACGUUUUGCGAAACUUGGCACAUAUCUAAAGGAAACAUUAAACAAUACUCAUCAACACUUUGAGAAGGAGACGAAGAAAGUGAGGUCUAAAGUCAACAUAGAAAUCGACAGCGUCAAUUACCGUCUACAGGACAACAAGUUUUGGAUGUGGUUGAUUGCCAUUGUAAUGGUUACACUCAUUGUGGUUCUCCUGUACCUCUGUAAAUUUGGAAUAGCGAGAAACAAUCAACAGUUCUUGGAAUCUGGAUUCCAGGAGGAUAAGAUGGAGAAAACUGUCGUUAUAGCCAGUUUUUCAACAGCCAACAAACAACUUCAUAAAGCCAUUGCUGACACCGUGGCCGGAAACUAUGAAUGUCAUGAAUUACUUCUUGGUGGAGUGAAAAAAGUGUCUUCUAUAGAACUAACUUCACGGGUCUGUCUGGUUUUCGUGGAUAAGAAUGAGAGGAACAUCAUACUGGAAACAGAAGUGGAUAUUUCCAAAACUAGGUCCGACUUCGUCGAAAAUCUUGUAAAACAAGGUAUAACCCAGGUAGUAGUCAUUUACUGUCAACACGAGGACUCUCACGGACUGACUACGCUGUAUAACAGAAACCUGGGAAACAUUAAAAAACAUAAAGUCCUCAGACAACUACAGAGACAGAAUCGUGUUCUCAGCAUUAAUAAGGAGUUCUCUUCUUAUCAGUCUGACUAUCUUUCAGUUUUCCUAAACGAAUCAGUGACUGAAUAAUUUGUUCUUGAAUAUCUAUUCUAAUAAAUUAAGACAUUUUGCCAGUAAACUAAUAAAUGCCUGUACCAGAGUAACUGGUUACAUUUUUAA